AAUCAACGGUUAAAGAUGCGGCAGUGCCUAGCACAAAUUCGCUGUUUCCCCAAUCCGACGGUCCCUGCUUCACCCACAAACGUGGCAUAGUGGGACGGUUAGUGGGGUAAUUCAAAUCUCUCUCUCUACCCCCUCGCCACUUCCCUAAAGAAUAGGAAGGAUAUGUGAUAGGCGGGGUGUGCUAGUACAUUGUUAAGAAUUCAAAAACAGUACUAAUACUCAUACUCCACAACGCUGUCAAAGAAGGAAACUGUUGCAUGGGGAAGGACAGGAAAUUUACGAUCAAACAAACCUUGUUUUAAAGCGGAAAUAAGAACUACUAAAAUUUUGUUUGUUUAAUUUCUCAUCGCAUUUGAAGCAACUGUCGUAAUGCAGAUAUCUGGGCGAGUAGGGAGCCGUAGUUGCGUCGGUAGUAGUAGCAGUAGCACCAGUAACAGCAGAGGCAGCAGCAGUAGCAGACCAAGAGAUGAAUCGGGAGGGUCGGUGGCGGCGACAACGGUGCUGAGGAAGGGGCCGUGGAUGGCGGAGGAGGACGAGAUAUUGCUCGAGUACGUUCGCAGCCACGGCCCCCGCGACUGGAGCUCCAUUCGAUCCAAGGGCCUCCUUCCCCGCACCGGCAAGUCCUGCCGCCUCCGCUGGGUCAAUAAACUCAAGCCUGACUUGAAGACGGGUUGCAAGUUCUCAGCGGAGGAAGAGAGGGUGGUGAUAGAGUUGCAGGCGCAGUUAGGGAACAAGUGGGCGAGGAUAGCGACGUACCUUCCAGGGAGGACGGACAACGACGUGAAGAACUUCUGGAGCACACGGCAGAAGCGGCUCGCCAGAAUCCUACGAACGCCCCUCCCGACCGCCAGAUCCAGUAAGACCCACGGGGCGAAGGCGCCCCUCCCAAAUUCCCAUGAUCACUUGCAAACCUUCAAGGAUCCCAACUUGGAUCUAAUUCUUUUCGAGGGAGACUCCUCCGGUGGCCAAUGCAGCAAAGGCUCUUGCAUCGAUAAUCAGAAUGCUACAGCCAUACUCCCAGAAUUAUCAAGCCCAAGCUUUCUCAACUUGGAAACAACCUUACCCAUGAUCGAACCCGCAAUCGAGAGACAAUCCACCUCAUCGAAAUCUACGCUGCUCUCGCAAAUCCCCUUCGACCACCUUCACUACCCUCUUAUCGACCUUCCGGCCCUUCCGGAUACUCCUGACCUCGUAUCGGGCUUUGACAUUGACAUGAAUUCUAUUGAUGAUCUGACCUGUCAAGGGGACCAGCUUCAUCACGUGGAAGCGUUGUCGCCAUUCUUCGGUUUAGAAUCUGACGAUCAUGCCGGUAAGACCGAGCAUCGGGUGCCAUCUGAUAUCUUUUUCGACGACCUCCCCUCGGACAUGUUCGACUCCCUGGAGCCCCCCCCUCCCCCUGCUUCAUCAUCUUCGCCAUGGUAG